ACCUCACUUAAGAGUCGAAGUACUUUUAUUUCCAGAUCCCCUCUUCGUCAAACAAACCCUUCGUCCAUAAAAAACCCUAGCCUGUUCAAACGCACAUUAAUGGCUUCUACCAUACCCUCAGUCAACAGCACCGUCACUGUAGCCUCAAAAUCAGAGACGGAAUCUGCCACCACCAUCGUAGAAGCGGCUCUGGGAACGGAGACGGAGCCGGCAGAUAAAAAUUCCCUGGCUACUGAUUCGGCUUUAGCGGAGGAGAGGAAGUGGCCUGGAUGGCCUGGGGACUGCGUUUUUCGGCUCAUUGUGCCGGUGCUCAAGGUUGGGAGUAUAAUUGGACGGAAAGGAGAUAUAAUCAAAAAGAUGUGCGAAGACACCAAAGCUCGAAUUCGCGUACUCGACGCCCCUGUUGGUACCCCUGACCGCAUUGUCUUAAUCUCUGGCAAAGAAGAAACAGAGGCACCUCUCUCACCUGCCAUGGAUGCUGUAAUAAGAGUAUUUAAACGAAUUAAUGGAUUUCCAGAGAACGAAGGUGAAAGUAUAGCAUCCGUACCAUUUUGUUCAAUCCGAUUCUUGGUUCCAUCAAUGCAAGCCAUCAGCCUGAUUGGAAAGCAAGGAUCAUCAAUCAAGUCAAUCCAGGAGAGCAGUGGUUGUCAAGUGCGUGUGCUCUCUGGUGAUGAAGUGGCAGCUAUAUCUGCGAAUUCAGAAGAGAGGAUCGUGGAUAUUCAGGGAGAAGCUGUAAAAGUCCUGAAAGCUUUAGAAGCUGUGGUGGGACAUUUAAGGAGGUUUUUGGUAGAUCGUAGUGUUCUUCCUUUGUUUGAGAAGACUAAUAAUGUAGCAGCAGUGACACAAGAAAGCCAACAAGUGGAAACAUGGGCUGAGAAGCCCAUGCUGCAUACUACUGGAAUUGGUGGUGAUUUUUCUCUUCCAAUGAGGAGAGAGACACUCUUUCUUGAUCGUGAACCCCAAAGAGAAUCACAUCUUUCUUCCCAUGGGCUUUCCUUGUAUGGACGUGAUCCUGGCCUACCUUCAACACAUUCUCCUGCAAUUGCUCGAACUGGUGGCCCUAUUGUAACUCAGAUAGCUCAAACAAUGCAAAUACCACUAGCUUAUGCUGAGGAUAUUAUCGGAGUUGGGGGGACAAAUAUCGCGUAUAUUCGUAGGACAAGUGGUGCAAUUCUUACUGUGCAAGAGAGUAGAGGUUUACCUGAUGAAAUUACAGUUGAAAUAAAAGGGACAUCAUCACAAGUUCAGACAGCUCAGCAGCUCAUUCAGGAAUGUGUGAAUGGGCAUAAGGAAUCGAUUCCAAGCAUCAGCAGCUUUGCAAAGUUGGAGUCAAGUUUGAGGUCUUCCUACUCACAAAUUGGGAAUUCAUCAUACCAACCGCCAUCAACUUAUGGUAUUGGUGGCCAAUCAUAUGCUGCUGGCUACCCAUCCUCCAGUUUAGGUGGAGGAGGAGGAUAUACUAGUUACAGGCUGUGAAAAAUGUAACCAUACUCAUACAUAAAUUGAAGCUUUCUUUUAUUCAAACCUAUCUCAAAUGUACUAUUCUAUAAAAAGCUUCAAUCAACUUCAUCAUGUUUUCUUUCUAGCAAAAAGUAAAGUUAUGUUGUUUAUUCUUCAAAA